AUGGAUACUCUAGAAUAUUUUGGUUACAAGGAACAGAUAUUUGUUCAACAACCUUCACUUGAAUUUACUCGAGAUACAAAUGAAACUCUACCGUACAACAGUUUAACACCUCUUGUUCGAUGUGAUUAUUUAUCGAGCGAGUUUUAUGAAUGUGAAUUAUUAGAUAAUAUUCCAAUAAACGAUAGUCGUGCAUGUAAAAGUAAAAAAGACAGUAAUGAUCGUAAAUAUGGUGGUCAAAGAUAUGCAGAUGUACAGAAAACAUCUGUUUAUUGUACAAUUUUUGAUGGAAUUGAGUGUUGGGGAAAUCGAACAUUUUUAGUACCAGAUAUACCUUGUAUCAAAUAUUCAAAUCAUUAUUUUGCGUCAACAUUAUUAUAUUCAAUAUUUUUGGGUAUGUUUGCUGUUGAUCGUUAUUGUUUGGGUCAUAUUGGAAUCGGUGUUGCUAAAAUGAUUACUAUCGGUGGUGUUGGACUGUGGUGGAUUGUUGAUGUUGCCCUUUUAAUUAGUGGAAGAUUAAUGCCAGCUGAUGAAUCAAAUUGGGUUAUAUAUCAUUAA